GUAAUACUUUGAAUAGAUAGAACUAGUGCUUCAGAUAAGUGGAACCACAAGAUUCUCAUAGGUGAAGAUUGGCAUAUUGAAAUGUGCAUCUGAGCUUUACCCACUAGUAUGUCUAACGGAAGGGAAAGAAGACUACGGUCCAAAGAUGAGACUAAUAAACCAGUUCAACAAACGUUUAAUUUCGAUAAUAUAAGUCCACUCUUGUUCAGGAACGAGGAAAUAAAAGUUAAUGAAGGGAACAGCUAUGAUGAUUUAUACAGUUCUUUUGAGGAUGUUAAUUUCCCAGCAUCUCAUAAAACUAGCAAGUUAAUUAAUUUGAAGGUGAUUGAUAGAUUAUUACCCCGAAGGAAUAAGUCAAAACCGGACCCACUCGCUGACUCAAACUAUGAGGCCUUUCAUAAGAAGAUGAAAAAAGAGGAGAAGAUUAUGAUGAAUUCGGAAAGGCUCAAGAUUAUGUCUGAGGUCGAUAACUUACGUUCUCAGCUUUCUUUGAUGAAGCAGUAUGACUGGGUUAGGCAUCUUCCCAAAAUCACUUAUAUCAGAGAUAUUCGGGAUUAUGAGGAACUUCUGCGAAAGCGUCAACUCACUAUUGAUGAAAUCGGCCGUCUUUUGAAGAAGCACGAUGAUUGGAGGAGAAGACAAGAGGUUUUAUUGAAUGAUAUAAAGAAAUAUGAUCAGGGUAUUGAUUCUGACGAUGAUGAUGAAUCCAUUUUAUCCAUUCCUAUGUCGACCUUACAAGAGAAAAGAGAGAAAGAGCGAGUUUUGAGGAAUGGCCCUAUUAUAAGACUAGCUUUACACAAUGGGUACGAAAUACUCAUGAGUCCGUAUGCCAUCCCCAAAAUUGUACUAGCUGGCACCGACGUAUCUUGCGGCCACAACCCAAAGAAAAUCGAUCCAGUUAAAAAGGAGCAGCAUAAUGAAUUAACCAAUUCCCAUGAUCACUCAAGUAAGAGGAGGCUAAAAAGAAAAAGCUCAAGUGAUCAUCUAGAACGAAAACCUUUGACAAAAAGAAAGUACCAUCGAACAACUUUAGACAACACAUCACGAAAUGUAUCAGAACAUGAAGAAAAGGCUUUCGAGCUAGAUAGUCAGCCUCUCCCUGACAUGUCAGACCUUGAUGAUGAAAUACCAAACCAGGAUGAUGGCUCCUCGGAGGGUGACCCCCUUAUAUUCACCGAAUUUUUAAAACCUAUUCCAAAGAGGAGAGGAAGACCCAAGGUCUCACUGCCAUGCUUGGUGCGUCUUAAUCCUCAAAGUCUUAGAAUCGUCUCUGACAAGCAUGAAGAUGUUGCUUUUGGUUAUGCAUUCCCCAAAAUAACAGAAAACGAUUUCGAACGAUCUCUACCUCUAUGCUGGAGAUUUGAUUUGAAACAGGUAUCUAAAAUUGGAAAGAAUGAUUUGAGAAAGAAGUUGGGAAGAAUAACCUGAAGUCUCUCAAAUUAUAUACGACAAUCAUAAUAAAGGUAUCUUGUACUAUAAUUUUUAUGAGAUUAAAC